UCCAUGCGGUGUUGGAAGAGAGGGCUGCACGAAAUUAGCAUAGGCAGGAAAACCGAAAACGAAAGGGCAAUGCAUGGCCGCGCCAGUGCGGCGCGUGAUCGGGAGCCACCACAGUGCUCAGACAGUAAACAGCGCCUAGAGGAAAAGGCAAAUGGUUGGAGAGGUGAGCGGCUUCAAUGCUAUCGCAAAUACCAUUAGUCUGAAGUUAAAGCCAAUAGAGCAUAAAGGAAGCAGAGGCACUACAAGGACCAUCACUUUGAAACCAACCUGGAAAUUACAGCAAAAUAGCCUUCCAUGAAAGCAGGUGAAUUCAGGAUGAAAAUGCAGCCCUGGUUUCAAACAGCCCUAAGAAAUUUCAAUGGAGGGCUAUGGAGGGAGAGAUUCUGUCUGUAUCUGUUGUAUCUGAGUAAUCUCUUCUUGGUGACUGGUUACAUUGCUUUGCUGUUUUAUGCUCUCAUCUGGGAGGCUGGGAAUAUUGUCAGCCUGCCAACCAAGAGAAUUGGCUUCUACAACUUCUGCCUGUGGAAUGAGGAAGCAGAAAAACUGGAUUGCCUUCUGUUCAAGGACUUAGAAAAUAUGGGAAUCAGCAAAGUUGCAUUGAUCUUGUCCAGGAUCUGUGUCUAUUCCACACCAGUGUUGUGCCUUUAUGUCGCCAGUGUCAUCUUGCAGACCCUGUGCUUGAAAGACAAAGAUGGGUGGAAACUAGCCUGUACUCUGCUGGCUGUUUGUGCUUUCAGUUUGCCCACUGGUCUCAGCUUGUUUCUCUUCCAGAUGCAGAGGUGGGUUCUGAUCUCUGAACUUGGUGAGGUUUUUGUAGCCUUAGCUGGGGCCCACGCCUUGCUCUUGCUCCACACGAUCAUCAUUGGGAUGUACCUGGUACGGGUCAAAGAUGAGCUUCCUGCGGGACAGUUCGUUCCAGUAAAGAGCAUCCUGUAUGUUUAAUUACCAAAUUCAUGCAUUUGUGUUAGGCAGUAUGUUUAAAGUGCCUUUUGAGCAACACCUGCGCAUCGGUAUAUGUAUUCCACUGAGUCAGGUUAGAUGUUAAGUUGCUCUGGGAAAUGUGAUUUUGCAAGUUAAUUAGUUUUGCACUUGGUUUUUCUGAAAGCGGCAGAAGCCAACACUUGGACACAUUUUUGCACAUGGAAAUAGUCAUCUGCAAAGAUUGUCAGUUUAAAAAUUACACAUGAAUAUUCGUUGUUUUCUUCACCUUUCCUCCAAUAGCUUGCUUUGGGGAAAACAUGGCUUAUAAGUGGCAGAGAGGAAACAAUCUGGGUUGCAGUUAAAGCAUCCACUCAUCCAACAGAUUCCUCUGCUUGGCUCACCAAACACCGUGAUGGGCAGCAUAAGUAGGUGUAUUCAGCAGGGUUGCCUUUCUGGGUCCCAAAAGAGCGGACUAUGAAAUAGUGUUCUUGUAUAGGAUGAGCACACCAGGAGAGAUGUGCUCGGGAGAGAUACUCCAAUAUAUUACCUUCUGUCUGCUGUUCUAGAGCAGAAAGGUUGCUUGGUUUGUAUUGUAAAUGGAACAGGGAAAAUAUACCCUCUCAGAGAAUAAUAGUGCAUUUUACAUUAACAGCAGAUAACUAUGUGGCAUUUUCUUGGAAGUGUACAAGCUUGCCUUUGUGUCUAAUCUGGCAGUCCUUGCACUUUCACAAAUCACCAAGCGAUAACAAGCUUUUACGAGCUGGGCCCCACCAAAGACUGCCAUUACUUGAGAUCACUAUCAUCCCUCCCCCCUCUCCUCUGGCAUAGUCUUUUCCUGUUUGUGGUGGAGUGUGGGGAAGUUAACCAAUGGUAGGAGCUGCCUUUUUGGCUGCUUGGAAAAGACUGCUGUUGUCUCUUUGCUUCUCCUAAUGAGAGCUCUGGGGAGAGGAUUUCUCUGUAGCUGGGCAAACAAAUUUGAAGGCUGUUUUUGUGCUAAAAAAAACCUAUCAGCAUCAGGGAUUGUUUGAAAAGGAUAAAACUACAGGUUAAGCAGCACAGUGUUCUAUUACUUCCAUGUUUAGCAAGUGAUUGCCAUAAUUCAUACUGUUUUCAGUUGAUACGGUUGUGUUCUCUAAUGUUUAAACCAAAAAAAUGACAGUUUACUAUUGUUAGGUACACUAACUUUGCUGCCAUUUUCAGUUAGUUGGAAUGCUGGUUAAACAUUUUAAAGGAAAAUUGGCUGAUAUUUCUGUUUAGUCUCACCAUUCAACAAACAGAAUUUGUGACUAUGAAAAAAACCAAAUUAUGGCAGGCAAAGGAGCUCUACUAUAGGCUCAAAAAGAUGUUCAAGAAAUAUGAGAUGCAAACGUGAAUAGGACCAUUUCCUCUCAAAUCCAGUUAGGAUCAGGUUGUAACUAGUUAAGGCUUUUCUUGAAAAAAAUCUUAUAUGUUCCAAGCAUACAGCUGAUCUUGGUUUGGUAACUGAUAAUACUACCACCUUGAUUUAUCUAUAUGCUGACAAGUAGUCAUUGCUCCAUAAUGAAGGAAGCUUUUCUUUCCCUUUCUUGUGAACAAUUUGAAAAGACCCAACCUCUUUCAUCUUUUCAGUAUAAAUGACCUAGUCACAUUGCAGAUUCAAAACAAAAACUUGUUCUCUUGAGAAAAAAAUGUUCAAAUAAAAGUCUUGUUCACCAUUA